AUGCCACCACUGGCUCCGCAUGUCCUUGCAAACCUCUCACUCAAGGCCCAAGGCAAGCGCAAAGCUGGCGAGGAGCGCCUGGGCGGCAGCAAUUUCAGGGCCAAUCUGUCUUUUGAUAGCGCUUCGGACGCGAGCGAGGACGCAGCGGAGCUAGACGACCUCACAGACGAAGCAGAAGCCUUUCCAGAGAUAGAUGCGCGUAGUUCGGGUUCGAGUAUCAGCGAUAGCGAGGCAGAUCUCGCGCUGGGCGAAGAACGCGAGGAGGAUGAGGAUGAGGAUGAUGAGGAGGAGGAGACCGACGAAGCAAGAAUACUGCGCGAGCUAGCAGAAGAGGCAGAGAUCGAAGCUGAUCUAGCAGAAGAAGCAGAGGCCAGCUCGAGCGACAGUGACGACGAGACUCUGGCCGUCGACGAGCGAUUGUCGCGACAUAUCGCACGCUCCACGAUCAAGCCAAACGAGGAAGACGCUAGUGCGGCCUCGACGCCUGCUGCAUUCGAUCAUGCUCUCAAUCGUAGAACCCUUACGCCUCAGCAGAAAGAUGAUCUCCUUGGCUACGAAGCACGAGACUACAAAGACCGUAGCAAGCUCGUCAAGAGUAGUAUCACUGGCGAGGAUAAAAGAGUGUGGCGACCUGUAGACCUAGACGAUGAUGAAGACGAUAGAGAGCCAACCAAUCGUAUUGGCAACAUACCCGCGCAUUUCUAUGAUGGAUUCCCGCACAUCGGCUACGACAUCGACGGCAAGCGCGUCCUCCGCCCGGCCAAGGGCGACGAGCUCGACAAGUUCCUGGCCAAUGAGGAAGAGGCGGCUUGGACGAGCGUGCAAGACAAGAUAUCUCAAGAGAACGUGCAGCUCACAGAGGACGAGCUCGAUCUCAUCCAUCGUCUCGCUCGGUCCGAAAAUCCAGAUGGCGAAUAUGAUCCAUACACGCCGCAAAUCGAGAUAUUCACUGCACGCGGGCUGGAGAUGACUAUGCCUCUUUCUGGUAGGCCGGAGCCCAAGAGUCGCUUCAUUCCUUCCAAAUGGGAGCACAAAAAGGUCAUGAAGAUCGUAAGAGCAAUCCGAGCAGGCAGGAUUGUGCCCAACAAGGCAUCUGCUGCGCCGAAGCCCGAGGUCUAUAACAUCUGGUCAGACAGUGACCUCGCGCGGCCCGACCACCCUAUGAACAUGCCCAUGCCAAAGCUCAGACUGCCUACCCAUGUAGAAUCAUACAAUCCGCCAGCUGAAUAUCUAUUCACGCAAGAAGAGCUGAAGGAAUGGGAAGAAGCCGAGCCAGCCGAUCGCAAGCUAGACUUUGUGCCCGCCAAGUACGACUCCUUGCGCAAGGUGCCUGCGUUCAAGGACUUUGUCAAGCAGCGUUUCGAGCGCUGCUUGGAUCUCUACUUGGCCCCGCGAAUGCGUCGUCGAAAGCCGAGAUUGCAGGUCGAUGGACCAGAAGAUCUGCUGCCAAAGUUGCCGAGUCCUAACGAAUUGCGUCCUUUCCCAACGAGCCUGUCGAUUCUGUAUCCCCAUCCCGACGGCGUUCGGACAAGGAGCAUCAGCAUUGAUCCCACGGGAAUGUGGGUUGCGACGGGCGCAGAGGAUGGAUCCGUCCGGCUGUGGGAAUGUCGCGUCGGGAGAUGCGCCAUGACUUGGCAAGUCGCUGACGAUGGACCGAUCUACAAUGUCGAGUGGUGUCCUGAUCCGUCUCGUUCGAUACUUGCAGUCGCAAGCGAGGAUCGUGUGACUCUUUUGUCACCGACUGGAUACAUUGACGUCGAGCUCUCGAGAGCGACGACCACGUUCGUCUCCGCCGUGUUUGCUGCGCCGUUACCCGCCAAUGCAACAAGCAAGCUGUCCGACGUCAAGUGGGUCAGGCCGUCGGCCGAAGAUCGCGAGAAAGGUUAUCUGCUGCAUGUCGCCGUUCCGGGCACGCCCAAGCAAGUCACCUGGCAUCGACGUGGCGACUACUUUGCCAGCGUGUCUACGAACGCUGGGCCACGUUCCGUGCUGAUUCAUCAGAUCUCAAAGCACCAGACCCAGGCGCCUUUCACCAAGAGCAAGGGAGCGAUGCAGAAGGUUGCUUUCCAUCCUCUGCGCCCUCACUUCUUCGUCGCGACUCAGCGAUACGUUCGGAUUUAUGACUUGAUGGCGCAAAAGCUCGUAAAGACACUCCAGCCAGGUGUCAAGUGGAUCUCGAGCUUGGACGUUCAUCCUCAAGGCGAGAACGUGUUGAUCGGUAGUUACGACAAAAAGCUGGCCUGGCACGAUCUCGAAUUGAGCGAUCGCCCGUACAAGACCCUGCGCUAUCAUUCUCGGGCAAUACGAUCUGUAUCCUUCUCAAAUCGCUACCCGCUCUUCCUCUCGACUUCCGAUGAUGGCACCAUCCAGGUCUUCCAUUCGACAGUCUACUCUGAUCUCGUGACCAAUCCGCUCAUCGUUCCACUCAAGGUCCUCCGAGGACACGGCAUCAAGGACGGCUUGGGUGUUCUCGAGGCCAAGUGGCACCCGAAAGAGCCUUGGAUUGCCUCUGUCGGCGCUGAUGGAGUGGGCAGACUCUGGACGACAUAG